CCCCCAUCCAAGGGUUAUGCUUGGCCGGCUCGGGCGCGGAGGGGCCGAGUCCACCACACCGCGCGGCACAGGAGGCGCCUCCUCUUCCCCCCCUCGCCUCGCCGAGAAGAAAGCCGGAAAAGGCCGAGAUGCGGAGCCCACGCGCCGCGAUGCAGCAACCGGUCCUUCUCAACAUCGGGGGCAGCGAGUACGCAGCCACGGUGGACACGCUCACGCAGCGGGAGCCCGGCUCGCUCCUCGCCGCCAUCUUCGCCGGCGGAACGCGCCGUCUCCCCUCCAACGACGGGGCGGCGUUUGUGGACCGUGACGGGAAGCAGUUCCGGCACGUGCUCAACUGGCUCAGGGACGGUGCCGUCCCCAUGCUCGCGGCGAAUGAGUACCAGCGGCUGCUUCGGGAGGCGGAGUACUACCGGAUGCACGGGUUGAUCGAUUACAUCAAAGAGCGGAUCGCGGAGGAGAAGGUGGAGGAAUCGUUGGGCGCCGAACUAACUCGGAAGGAUGUGAUCAAGUGCAUUCAGACUGAGAAAGUCAGAUUCCGCGGCGUGAAUCUCUCCGGCCUUAACCUGUCUAAGCUUGACUUAUCAGAGGUUGACUUCAGUUGUGGCUGUCUUGAGAAGACAAACUUUUCACAUGCUAACCUUCACAAAGCUAAAUUUGGGGAGGUUGAAGCUUCUCAUUCUUCAUUCCAUUAUGCAAAUUUGCGUGAGUGUGAGUUUGUAGGAGCAAAUCUUGACAAAUCUAUUUUGGAUAGAGCGAACCUUCAAAGUGCAAAUCUACAAGAUGCAUGCUUAACAAGGUGUAGCUUCAUUGAAACUGAUCUUCGUUCAGCACACCUACAGAGUGCAAACCUUACAGAUGCCAACUUGACAGGAGCUAACCUUGAAGGAGCCAAUCUCAAGGGGGCUAAGUUGACUGGUUCAAACUUGCAAGGUGCAAAUCUUCAGCGUGCUUACCUGCGGGAAGUCGAUUUGCGAGAAACUCAAUUAGCUGGUGCUAAGCUCGGAGGUGCAAAUCUGCUUGGAGCCAUCAGAUAGCGCCGUACUUUUUUUUUUGAGGGACUGUUAUAGCGCCAUACAUCUUUGACGAUAUCCAUAUAAUGCAUGUUAGGGGAAAUAGAGAGAGUCGUAGUUGAUGAAUUCUCAUACGAUACAUUAGCUGUGUGUUUUUUCUGCCUUUUCUGAAUUCAUAAGUUGGUCUUUCUACGGUGGAGACAUCCUGCAACUAACGAAAUGUAGGUUCAGAACAGGUUACCAAAAGGUUAUUAAAAGAACUGGUUAGACAAUUGAA